UGUCGAUCAUUUAGUCUUAUUUAUAUCAACCAAUCAUGUGAUAUUAAUAUUUUUUCCUAUGUUGCUGUCAAAUAUAAAAUACGACAAUGACAAUUGACAAAAGUGGGCAGUUUUAAUUAAUUCGCAAAAUAAAAAUUGUGUUUCUGCCAUUUAUUUAUCUUCUUGCAUUCUAAUCAUUCAAGUGAUUUUUUUUAGUUCAGCUUACGUUUAUUUCCGAUGGUGUUUAUAUCACGAUGAGCUGCCUAAAUUGGAUCCGAGGUCUUAAAAUUACUAUGCCAUUCAAGGAUAAAGAGUUGAAUAAAAUUGCUGCAUGUUUCAAUGUUUUGACAUUCUUGCUGACUUGUGCAGCACUCGUUCAACCUAGUUGGUUUAGAAUUAAAGGACUGCAUUGUACCCAGAGCCUCUCACUGACUCAAUUCUUUACAUUUGAUGAUGAUGAUGAUAGUCCAAUAACCAUACCAUCUGAAUAUGAGCCUAUUAAUAGAUCUGAUUUUACUGGUCUUCCGCCAUGUACAACAUCAGAAAUAAUAUCUCUCAUGAGAAUUCUAAUACUACUAUGUUUCAUGGUGCUUUUGUGUUCGUGUAUUGGAGUCCUCAUAAAUCUAACCAGUCUUAACAGCAAAGCCAUCAAAAUGCUACGAAGGAAUGCUGUGCCCAGUAUCAUGUGUGUUUUUUGGGUCAUUGCUAUAGUUGGAGUAUGUUAUUAUACAACAGUUGUGUUAGGCAAUGCGAACAAUAGUGAUCCUAACACAAUACAGGUUGAUUAUGAAUAUGGAUUCUAUACAAUUACAGGAGCAGGUGCAUUGGCCCUACUAGCUUCAGCUGCUAAUUUAUGGGGUGCGCCAUUAUCAAAUGAUGAAGACUUGCAAAGACGUAACCUCAUGGAAGAUUGGGACGGAUAUGAAGCCCACAGUGUCGGUCCCACGCCAGCAGUGCCUACCCUACCGCCUUACACACCAAGUCCAAAUUAUAUCCCGACUGCACAUCCAACAUUUGCACCUCCUGUACUUGGGUCUCAACAGUAUUUUCCCUUCGAUGAUCUCUCAAUUCUCCCCCCACCACCUCCAUAUACCCCAUAGAACUACCAUGUAUGUAUAUAUACCAAAUAUCUCGAAACCGACUCGAAUAUUUUUACUAUUUACGUUUCGAUUCAUCAAUCGAGUUUCUUAUAACUAUGAUGCCUUUAAAUAACAUUAUAAAAUUUG